AUGCUCAUGAAGUUCAUCCUUAUUCUGCUGAUCAUGACCAUUCUCCACGUUGACGUUUCGAACGCGAUACGCAAGGGACCAAGGACAGCGUUGGAUAAAUGCCGUCAUGAGUGCGAGAAGUUCUGCGGAGACUUAAAUGACUGGCAUCUUAUCGACUGCCACUUCAGCGGCAAAGACAAGACCAAAUGGAACUGUGCAAAUAUCGCUUGCAUGAAGUUAAGAUGA